AUUUAUGCCAUUGCUCUCUACUCUGGGAGAACCUAUCUAUGAGCCCUUUCUACCCAAAAAGGAUGUUUCUGAAGUUUGUAGACCCAGUAACAUUGAUGAAGCCAGGGUGUUCUGGAAAGAACAACAAGCAAGUGGAAAUGUGGAUGAGAUAUUUAAGCAAAUGCAGAAUCAGUUGCAGGUUCUAUGGCAGAACAUCAAAGAUGGGUCAGCAACAAACCAAGAAUAUGUAAGAGCUAUGUGUCUGGUAAAUGAAGCCGGUUUAAGCAAUAUCGAAGCCACCAGCAAUGAAUAUGCUAAUAUAUUCAUACAGAUAAGAAUAUUCAAGAGGAACUGCAAGAAAAUAAUAUAUAGUGAACACACAAGAAUGGACCAAUGUCUGGAUAUCAUCCGCUCUGAAUGUGAAAAAGAAGCUUCGAGUCCACAACCUGAGUGUGGUAGCUUAUCAUUACUUUCUACAGGAUCACCAGUUGCUUUUCAUAAGCACACUUGCAAUGAAUCAUGCCUUUCUGAAGUUAAACCAUUUAUCUUUAAUAAAAACCCAAUGAAGUUUCCAAUUUUGUGUCAGUUCCAAAGGAGGCAUGGGAAGACGAACUGCCUCUCAAGGGAACUUGAUGUCAUUUACAAAGCCCCCUGUGGGAGGAGUCUUCGAAACUUUGAAGAGGUGCGUUCUUAUCUCUUUGAAACAAAGUGCAAUUUUUUAUCUGUGGACAACUUUUCUUUUAGUACCUUUCUCCAGCUAGAUAGAAAUACGCCGCAAGGCCAAGUUUUUGCUCAAGACUGUGAUAUAAGCAAGGAUGCUGAGACAGUGCCAGUCUCAUUCUGCAAUGAAAUUGAUAACACCAAGCUGUCUUCUUUUAAGUACAGAAAGUCCCCGUGGCCCAGUGGAUAUUCCAUCAAUAAUUACAAUGACAUUUUUGUUGACUCAUGCAGCUGUACUGAUGGCUGCUUGGAUGUCUCAACCUGUGCAUGUCUGCAGUUGACAGUCAGAGGCUACAAAGAAAGUUUACAUUCAACAGACACAUUUCUAUCUGGCUACAAGUAUAAAAGACUCAGUAUGCCUAUCCUUAGUGGAUUAUAUGAAUGCAAUUUGUCUUGUAAGUGUGAUAGGAAAAUGUGUCAGAACAGAGUUGUGCAGCAUGGGCUUCAGGUGCGACUACAGGUCUUCAAAACCAGGAAACAAGGUUGGGGUGUGCGCUGUCUAGAUGAUAUUGACCAAGGGACAUUUGUGUGCAUUUAUUCAGGCAGAAUAUUAAUCCGCACUCGGGAUGCAAAUCAAAGCAACUUGUUAGAACAUUCUAAUGAAUCUGAUAACGAAGAUGAAGAAAAAAGAUCAUCUAUAAUUUCUUCAGUCAUUGUACAUAAAAGGAAACGCCGGAUUUCGCAUUCUGACUCUGAGAUUACAGUUUUAUCUUCAGAUGCACAGAAAGGGAUUGAGUUUACACAUUCUCAGUCCCCUUCUGAUGAACUGGACAGAAUGAAGAACACAUCCAGUGGAAAAAGUGUAGAAUUGUCAUCUGUUAAAAGACCUAAAACCAAGACUGCCAUUUUACAGAAACGCAGAAAACAGCUCAUGGAAGAGGGGACAUGCACCCUGCAGCACAGUUCAGAAGAUGAAUGCUCAUAUCCCCCAUCAUCUGUUAAAGCAAUGCCAUCCAAACAAGAAGGUGAUGUUCAUGAACCUUACAUUGCAAACAUUGCAGUAAGCCCUGGAGAAUCAGAAUUAUUAAAGGCGAAAUUAGCCGAUGAGGCUAUACUAGGAUACGUAUCAGAAGAAAGCAAUUCAUCCAUACUGUCUGGUACUCAGUCACUGUCAGAGUCUAAAUGCAAGGACAAUGAUGUAUCUCUAGAAACCUGUGUAAAUGAGACUGCCUCAAGAUUAUCCCUCCUUGAAAUACCUGAAGAAAAUGUUUGCUGCUUAGAUGCCACAAAAGAAGGAAAUGUGGGACGUUUCUUAAAUCAUAGCUGCAAUCCUAAUCUGUUUGUGCAGACCGUGUUUGUAGAAACUCAUAACAAGAGAUUCCCAUGGGUGGCAUUCUUCACAAAAAGACUAGUGAAGGCUGGAACAGAAUUAACAUGGGAUUACAACUAUGAUAAUGAAUGGCGGUUUUUCUGAAAAAUAAAUUCCCUGCCUGUGUGGACAGAAAACAUGUCGAAGCAAAACUAUAUAAGCAUUCUUGUGGGUUUUAAAAAUGUAUAGCAUGUGAUUUGCAUCUAGGGCAAGCAGAUACAGUUAACCCAUUAUAUAUAUGGCUGCUUCUCUCAAAUGUUCCGAUUGCUCUCUAUAGUCAUUGGCUGAGAGGGCUCCAUGUCUCAUAAAGGCUGGUGGUUGUUGUUCUGCCAAGUUUCAAUGCUAAUCAUCAGUGUGAACUGAACAGUGCCUAAGGCAGAGCUGAGUAAGAGUGUGCUAUGUGUGUGUCACCAUGUAUGAAAAGAAGAGAUAAAAUAUACUAUUAAACCGGGAGAGAUGAACUAUAUAUAUGAAUAUGUUGAAAUAUAAAUAAACUUGUAAUUAUUUACUUUUUAUGUGGGUAACCUCGCUUUCUGCUAACUGCAUCUCUGUAUAUACAAAAGAUUAUGCAUAUUGAUAGAGUGAUACAAAUGAAAUGUUAUUCAUUUUAUGUCUUUUAACUGUCAUUUAUACUGCAAAAUGAGCAGAGAAAGCAAUAUACUUAUGUAUAAGAAGAAGCAACAUGUCUGCUGUAACUAAUAAAAUGGACAUUCUGACUAGGA